AAACACAUCUGACAAUUUUCAGGUCAUAUGUAAAUCUUCUUGGCGCGAUGUUAUUUGCGGCGAAAUGCGUAGUCCCCAUUUUCGGUCAGCAAUCAUGUUCUAUGGCCACUUUGAAGGAUAUCGCAGUAAGAUUAAAAUCUGUCAAGAACAUCCAAAAAAUUACGGCAUCAAUGAAAAUGGUAUCAGCUUCGAAAUUUGCUAGAGCUGAACGGGACUUGAAGUCAGCCAGACCUUAUGGUCAAGGAGCAAGAGCCUUUUAUAAAACUGCAGAGUUAGUUGCAGAGCCGAUUGAACCCACCGCAAACGACCUUAUUAUCGCCAUCACUUCCGAUAGAGGACUAUGCGGUGCGGCUAAUAGUAGCGUUGUGAAGGCGAUCAGGACAAAGAUACGUAAUAAUACGGAGUUAGAGAAAACAUGCAAGUUGGUCCUAGUUGGAGACAAAUCUCGUGCAAUGAUGCUACGACAGUAUCGUGAUAUGUUUUUGAUGACAGUUAACGAGGUUGGAAAGAAAGUGCCAACUUUUGAAGAUGCAUCAAUGAUAGCUCAGGCUAUAAUUUCAACUGAUUACAAAUUUAAUAAGGCAAUAAUGUUUUACAACACAUUCAAGUCAGUUGUUUCGUACAUACCCACCAUGCAGCCUCUCUUGAGCAUAGAAGGAUUAAGCUCUUCUCAAAAUGUUUCUAUUUAUGAUUCAGUAGAUGAUGAAGUUCUACAAAACUACAAUGAGUUUCUCUUAACAUCGCUCAUAUUCUCUGCACUGAAAGAAGCUACUGCUAGUGAACAGUCAGCCCGAAUGACUGCUAUGGAUUCUGCUACGAAGAAUGCAGGUGAAAUGAUAGAUAGGCUUACACUCAGCUUCAACCGGACGCGACAGGCAGCAAUCACACGUGAACUUACUGAAAUCAUAUCUGGUGCCGCAGCAGUCUAACUUUGUCGAGUUAUAUCCUAUGUAUUCAUAGUUGUAUGAGUUAUAUUAGCACUAAAUAUU